AUGGCAUCAGGCAGGAAACAUUUGUUGAAAGUAAUCAUCUUAGUCCUUCCGUGAGCGAAGAAACAAAAUUUUGUUCGCUAACUGAGGGACUUAAUUGUUUUUUUAUAUAUAAAUUUUAUAAAAAUAAAGUUUUCAAAUUUAAAAAACUUUAUUUGCAAAUUUGGAAGGCUAAUUUAAUUUGUAAAAUUUAUGUUUUAAAAGCAAUUUGCCAAAAUUAAGCAGAGUUAGCUUGAGAUUUCAUUAUAUUAAUAAUCACUUAUAUAUCAAAUCUUUUCUCAUAAAAAUUUUUUGUUUGCUUACAUGAGGGUGGGUUGUGGUGAAAAAAUAGGUGGUUUUGUUCGCUCACGUAGGGGGAGCUAGGAGACUCAGCGUAACCACUACUUAGAGUUGGCAAGACUUCUCUCAUGAACCAAUACGUAAACAAGCGUUUUACCCAGCAAUACAAAGCCACAAUUGGCGCCGAUUUCCUCACCAAGGAAGUAAUGAUUGAUGAUAAACUCGUAACUCUUCAGAUCUGGGACACAGCCGGCCAAGAACGUUUCCAAAGCCUUGGAGUUGCGUUUUACCGAGGUGCUGACUGUUGUGUAAUGGUAUAUAUCCAUUUAUAAUAUCUUAAAAAAAUACACUAAUUAGCCAUAGUCCUAUUUUGUAUAAAAAUAAAAUAAAAUCUAAGAGUCGGACUAUUAUAGUCUUUAUAAGGUAUAUGACAUAACUUCAAGUAAAAGUUUCGAUAAUAUCAGCUCCUGGAAAGAUGAGUUCUUAAGCCAGUCCAACCCUAAAGACCCUGAAAACUUCCCAUUUGUGGUGCUUGGGAAUAAGCUCGACAAGGAAAGCGAAAGAAAAGUUGCAAACGCCAAAGCUUCACAGUGGUGUAGAGACAAUGGAAACAUGCCGUUUUUCGAGACCUCAGCUAAGGACGCUAUAAAUGUCGAUGAAGCAUUCCAAUCAAUCGCCAGAAAUGCCCUUUCUCAGGUAAAAGAAGAAGAAGAGUACAAGCCAACAAUCAAUUUGUCAGGAGGAAAGAAAGAUAAAGGUCAAAAGAAAGCCUGUUGUUAG